CUCAAGCUGGACUUCACGAGUUAAAAUUAAGGAAUCUAUUAAAAAUGAAUUUAUCAUCAUAUUUUAUAACUAUAGCAAUUUUCUUUCUGCUUAUAAAACCCUUAUAUUCUUCUUGGAAUAACAUUAUAUAUAACGAAACCGAAAGGCUUGUAAUUGCUCAAACAUUUGACUUAAGAGAUAAAACAAUUUUACACAUGACUAGACCAAUCAAUGAGACCUGCGUUGAAGCAAAAAUUGAUCUUAGAAUAUUACAUCAAAAUGGUAUUAUUGAAGUUGCAAGUAUUGAUUAUCAAAUACCAGAACAUAAUUUUUGUAAUGGAAUAUUUCAAAUUAAACGUUACCAACUGAAUUAUUUAUUGGUGCUUUACGUGAAUUCCACUGACAUUGAAUCAGCAAGUUAUUAUGUGUUACUUGUUGAUUACGAGGGAAAAUUUAUUAGUAAUACAUAUCUUGCACCUGUCUCCGUAAUAAAUGGAAGUUUAUACACCUGUGGUACUACGAUCACAUCAUAUACAACCGAAGAAUACGGGAUUCUUUUUACGACGUACGAAAGCGAAACUGUUGUAUCAUGGAGUUAUUUAGACGGACUUGAUGAUAAGAGAAACAUUAUUAAAAUCAAUAAUGGAAAACAAAGUUUGAAAACUCCAUUUGGUCCAUACUUUGUUUCUCCGAGAAUAGAAGGGAACUUUAUUUUUAUUACAUAUGACUCAAUGAAUGCUGAAAAUAAAUGCGUUGAAUCUAAUGAUCCAACUGACAUUAGGUUUAUAGUUUAUGUCUCUUAUCUUAAGCCUAUCAUGAAUGGAGUAGAUGGUCCUUUCAUAAUUUAUCAAUCAACAAUUCCACAUUUAAGUGUGGAUAAAUUUGUUUGCGGUAACACUCGUAUGAGCAUGAGUUCUUUUUGCAUUUUAGUAAUGAAUAGCGUAAAAGCUAAUAAAAAAUCAAAAAAACAUUUAUUAAAAAUAUCUUUUCAAGAUUCAGGUUCUGUAUUUAAUAUUGAAAAAUAUUCAAAUUUAAAAUUUGAUGAUAAUGUAAUAAAACUAGAAUUACACAAUUUAUAUUACGGAGGUUUUUUGUUAUCUUUAUUAAAACGUACCCCCGAUAAAAUUAUAAAUAAUCUUCAAGGAACAAUACUUAAUAAUGACGGAAAUUAUUAUAGCAAUUGGGGCCUUCCAACAGACUUAAAGGUAACUCAAGAAUUUUAUGUAAUAGGAGAUUUCAACAAUGGGACCAUGUAUUUAAUUGCUCAAGAAGAUGAAUUUUCUUGGAAAAUUUCAUCUUCAAAUUUGCCAAGAAUAUCCAACGAUUAUAAUAAUCCAUGUGUCAAUAAGACCUUUCCACUUAUUGGCUCUAAUGUCUGGAUAUCGACGUCCCAAAUUAAUAUUACAUAUAAUAUGCCUGUAACGUUAUCAAUUAAUAAUUUCACCAUAUAUCAAGAUGAUAAUGGAGUCCCUAUAUUGCGUCAAUCUAUCCCAGGCAAUCCUUCAAAAGUAUUUUCACUUAGUAAUGAUAACAGAACGAUACAUAUAAAUGUCUUAGAAAGCACUUUCAACAAACCGAAUGCAAAUUAUUACAUCGUUAUUGAUGAUAAUGCUGUUAAAGAUCUGAUAUCAAACCAGCCUCUAGCCGGUGUUGGGAAAAAUUAUUGGAACUUCGAAACUAGUGGCAUAAAUGAUGAUAAAUUUGCAGAUGAUUCUUCUGGAACAUUUUCUUUAACGGCUGAUGGAACAAAAUAUUAUUAUAAUCUUCCACAAGAUCGUAAAUCAGAAUUUUUUUUACAGUUAAAAGCUGAUCUGGCCAAAGCAAUUCCAAUUGAUAUUAAUAGAUUGGAUAUUAAAUGUUGUGAAUUUGAUAAUGGUCAAAUAAUUUUAAUAUUAUUUAUCAAAUGUAAAAUGAAUAAAAAUGAAAGAAAUGUAAUUGAUGUUAUAAAAGAUUUAGAUAUGUUAAUUAGAGAGAAAGAAACCUCCCCUAUUUCAUGGUUUAACACAACCAAUUUUAUAGAUGCUACUUUUGGAUUUAAACAAACUCAUGAUUUUUUUGAUUGCUAUAAAUUUCAUAUUAUUGGUAUACUUAUUGGAAUAAUUACCAUAGGAUUAAUUUAUUAUUGUAUUAAGAAAAAGUAUCCUAAGGGUAAAAAUAUUUUUAUAUUUAAAUUUUCUUUAAUAUUAUUGGACUUUGCCUUGGAUAUUACAUUCAUUCUAACUAAAGGAAAUAAGGUUAAUGGAAUACUCAUUCCAAGUAUAAUUUUCUGUGUAGUACCAACAACAAUCAAUAUUAUUUUAGGUAUUUCUAUAGUACUUCAAGAAAUUACAAAAAAUAAGAAUUUUUAUAAAUGGUUUAAAAACAAUACAAGUAUAGUAGCUUUAUUUACAAUAUUGGCAGGUACUGAUAUUGAAAUAUUAAAUAUACUUACUUCUCAAGUUGCUGGUAUAAUGAUAUUUAAUGCUCCUAUUUCUGUAAAAGCUGAAUCUUAUAUUUUUUGGGGUAGUUUUCUUGGGCUUUUUAUUGAAGAUAUUCCUCAAUUAAUUAUUCAGGUUAUUUAUAUAAAUUUAACAGUUACAUAUGAUACUAUUCCGUUUCUUACUUUAUUGACAAGUGCUAUUAUUUUGGCAAAUAAGAUAGUUUCUAGAAUAUAUUAUUCAAUUAUACAACUAAAUAUAAAAAAAAGGAUGUCUAAUAUGUCUAGUAUAGUUGGCAGUUAGAAGAUUAAUAGAAUGUACUUUUAUAGCAAUAAUUAAAAUAUCUAACCAUCAUGUGAAUUUUUUGAUAAAUCCACCCAAAAUGUCGUCAAAAUACGCCAGAUGUUAAAACCUUUCAUAUACAUAUAUAUAUCUAUUCAUUUAUGACCAAAUAUAUAUAACGUCUUUGAAAGUCAUGCUAAUUUUGAAAAUAAAAAGUACCAAUGUACAUGCAAGCAAACGAUCUGUUAAACGCCAAAUUGUUUCAUAUAUUUCUUAUACGUUAUUUUGCUUCAUUCCGCAGCAAAUUAAUGUAGCCGCAAGUUUGUUCACUUCAACAGAGAAAGAAAAUAAGCCGGAUUUUUGGAGUUUGAAAAUUUUAUGUAAUUAAAGGAGUCC